AUGGACGCGUCACUGUUUGAAGGGUUUGAGGAGGAAGAGCCCGUCCGCAACAGAUUCCGUCACUUUUCAUCGUCGUCGUCAUCGUCGUCGUCGUCGUCGUCGUCGUCGUCGUCGUCGGCAGCGGCGGGUGCGGCGGCGGCGGCGAUGGCGGCGGAGGUGGCGGCGGCGACAGCGGCCUCUGUUCAGUCGGCUGUUGGUGCUGGAUCGGCGACGGGGGCGAGUGGCGGUGGCGGAUCGGCUUCGGAUUCUGAGGAGAGGCGGAGCGGAUCAAAGGCAGGAGAGAGGGCAGCAGAGACGACAAGCGAUGCAUCGCUGGAGGCAAAGGGCAUCAAUGCGGCGGUGGUAGCGGGCAUGGGUCCGCCUGUGGUUCGGGUCAUCUUUUACGCGGGCAUGCCACUCGAUGCGAAGCGGAAGAUCGAGGACGCUGUGCAGGCCGUGGUGGAUCGUCUGCCGCCGUGGACGGCGCCGGAGGAGGCAUCAGCGGCCGAAGCUGCUCCGCUUGACGAUCAGUGCUACUUCCGCGGCUCGGAUCUGAUGGUUGACACCAUGGACUCGGCGGGGUAUGCCACCUUCCGACGGGCAGCAGGUGAGCUCGGGACGCCGGCCCGGCUGGCGCAGGGCGCAGACGACAACAUCCCGCGGUACGCGUCGACCGAGUCGGCCGCUCUCGGCGAGACCAUCGACGCCAAUGACAAUCCGCGCGACAGGCUGGAUCGGUGCUUCAACUGUGGGAGGCCCGGACACAAGGUCACCGAGUGCUCGAUGCCCUUCGACGGCGCACAAGUCUCGGCCAACCGCAGCAAGGCCAUGGCCAGGCGCCCGCCGCUGGCGCCGGCCGAUCGCGAUGCCCGCCUCGCCUUUCUGGCCAAUAUGGCCACCGAGCCCAUCGUCGCCGGCGCGGAUCUUUCUCAGGAUCUUAGACGCGCACUGGGCAUGCCGCCGUCGGCACCGUCGUCCGACGCCCCGUUCUUCUCCAAAAUGUUGUACUGGGGCUAUCCGCCAGCAUAUGUCAAGUACAAGCCGACGGUCAAGCCCAAGCUGGGCGAGGACUAUCUGCAGCUCUCGUUUGCCCACGGCGAGGCCGGGACCGAGCCAGUCUUCAAGGCUUCGCUCCCGGGCCUCACUGUCUGCGCCGAUCGCGGCCGCGUUCUCCAGCCCGAUCCGUCGGCCCCUCCGCGCGUCGCGCGCCCGCAUCAGCACCAGCGCAUGCCGCCGCCGCCCGGUCCGCGUCGCCACAUCCCACCUCAUCUCCACCACGCACGGCAUGCCCGCCACCAUCGUGGCCCGCCGCUCCCGCCGCCGCCGAUGCACCAUCGCCACCCGCCGCCGCUCCCGCCCGGGCCACCGCCGACUGUCCCGGCUGUGCCCGCAGCUGCCGCACCUCAUGCGACGGCGCUGCCGCAGCACUCCCGCUUUGCGCCGCAGCAACAGGCGCCGCCGCAGCAACAGGCGCCGCAGCAGCAACAGGCGCCGCAGCAGCAACAGGCGCCGCCGCAGCAAGCCAGUCUCCCGCCACACCUCCGCUUUGCGCGGCCGACUCCGGCCGAUGAGCCAACUUCGCCGGCGUCCGACGUUUACCCCGAUUCGCCGCCGGCAUCGCCGCCGCCGUUCCCCAACCUCCCGCCGACGCUCACCGAGGCUUCGCGGAAGCGGGCGCUCGAGGCGUACAACGCAAUGCCUCAGGGCCCGCCGGUGAAGAGGUAGAGUGCAGCUGCAGCCCUCACGCUAGCGGCGCGCCGCCCUUUGUGGUAAACGACCACUUGCCG